AUGGCGAGCGCCGCGCUGCUUCUCCUCAUUACGGUGCUGGCCACUGCCGGUGCCCUUAUUCCAGCCACGGCCGGCACCAGUGCAAGCCUCCGUCCGCCGGCAAGGAGGAGCAGUUUCCUGCUUGUUGGCGGCACCGUCCAGCUGCCUCUGACAGCGUAUGCUUGCUCCAAGAAGUCGACUGAAGCAUGCCUUGCGACGGGGACGGCGUGCUGCAGCGGCCAGUGCGUGGACACUGCCGCUAGCGUCCAACACUGCGGCGGCUGCAACAAAGCGUGCAAGCAUGGCCGGACAUGCUGCGGCGGACGCUGUGUGGAUCUCCUCUCCAACGAGAAGAACUGCGGCACCUGCUCUAACCAGUGCAACAAGAAGUGCAGCUAUGGAUUCUGCAAUUACGCACAGUAA